AUGGUGCCUGGAAUAGAUAGCUCAAAUCCAUUAUACUUACAUCCCUCAGAUGGGAGUAGUUCCAUAAAUGUAGAAAAACUUCAGGGAUCCAUGAACUAUAGAUCCUGGAAGAGAUCCCUGGAAAUAGGUUUAGCCUCUAAGAGAAAACUGGGGUUUGUAACUGGAACUGUAAAACGUGAUGCAACUGAUAAUGUUAAGCAAGAGGCUUGGGAUACUUGCAAUAGCAUGGUGAUAUCUUGGAUCAUAGGAAAUGUUAGUGAGUCUAUUAAAAAAUCUAUUAUGUUCCUGAAUAGCUCAUGUGAGAUGUGGAAACAACUUGAAAAAAGAUAUGAAGUGACCAAUGGGUCAAGAAAGUAUAAGCUAUGUAAACAGCUGUAUGAAACCAAACAAGGUGAGAGGAGCAUAACAGACUACUAUACAGAAAUGAGAGGUGUAUGGGAAGAGCUUGAGUCACUAAACAGCUUGCCACCUAUUACCACCAUGACAAAUGAAAUCAAUGCAUUUGUCAAGGCCAUGAAUGAACAGCAAGAAGAACAAAGGUUGUUUCAAUUGCUUAAUGGGCUGGAGGAAGUGUAUGCUGUUCAAAGAAGUCACCUUCUAAUGAUGAGUCCUCUGCCAUCAGUAGAUGUAGCAUGUAGCUAUCUUCAUCAAGAAGAAAGCCAGAGAGAAGUUCUGAAGCCUGUGAAAGAAGAGAUUGAGGCUAUAGCUAUGCUAAGCAAGAGUAGUGAAAUGACCUGUGGAGAGUGUGGAAAAGUAGGACACACUAAAGAAAAAUGCUGGAGAAUGAGUAGAUAUCCAAGCAGACAUCCUAGGUUUGGAAGAGAAGGAAAAGAAAAGGCAAGGGAGCCAUGGAACAUAGGCAGAGGAGGCAGAUGGAAUAGAGGUGGAAGGAGUAAUAGGGGUGGAAGAAGUGCUGCUAAUGUGAGAAGCAAUAUGGAUAGCAGCUCAAAUGCAGCAAGCAGUGCAAGCAUCACACCACAACAGCUUGAGCAGCUGAUGAGAAUGUUGCCAACUCCUUCCAGGAAUCAUGGCUCAGACACUGAAGAGGAAAUGGAUUAUAGUUAUGCAGGUAUGGUGAGCUGCAAUUUAGCUGAUUGUGUAAGAUCUGAAUGGAUAAUAGACUCAGGGGCCUCAGAUCAUAUGACUGGGUCCCUGAGCAUGAUAAAGAAUGCAACUCAGAUGAAGGUAGAGCAGAACAUAAACCUACCCACUGGUGAAACUACUAUGAUUACUCAUAGUGGUGAAGCUGUGCUGAAAUGUGAACUGAGACUCAAGAAUAUGCUUUACAUUCCAACAUUCAAGCACAACCUUCUAUCUGUUCAGAAACUUGCAAGAGAUGAAGAUUGCUAA